AAACUCUCCUCCCCUCUCUCUCUCUCUAGAUUUCCACUUUCUCUCUCUUCAAGUAUUCUAUUUUAUUUGACGAAAAUAAGAGCAAAUCGUACACUCACAACUCACAAGCACACAGAUCUGCUGUUUGAUCAUUUUCCCCACUCGCAUUUUCACACUAACGCAAUACAAAUAUACAUUAUUUUUUCUCUCUACUUUCGUUUUUUUGACCAAACUGGAAAGUUGGAUUUCGAUUUCGCGAACUUUAGUUUACUGUCUGAUAUUUUCUUCUCCCAUCCCAGAAGCAAAAGAAAGAAAAAAAAAAAGUGCAAAUUGACUAAGUUCUAGUUGAUUGAUCUGCUGUGGGAGUUCGAUUUUUUCGUACGUUGUGGAAUUUCGAUUUUUUUUUCAGGCAUUUGUGAUACUUUGGAGGGGUACUGGAUGUGGUGCAAUAGUGUAUUAUGCUGUGAGAAAUGAGGGGUAGUGCUUCUGCGAAAUGGGGUGUGUUUUCGGGAAAGAGGCUCGAUCGACCGGCCCACCUAGUGGUGAACUCGUAGUCGGGAGGCAGAAAGCUAAUGGAGGAGAGAGAGAUUUAUCUGUGCCAUCAAUCGGGAGAGAGAAAGAAGUAGUAGUUAACUCGGCAAGUAAAUCGGAGGAGAAUGGUGGAGGUGGAGUUCAAAAUGGGGCCGGAAAAAACGACGAGGAGCGAAAAGACGAAAACGCCCCUCGGCCGAGAGGUGAGAGGUCUCGUAGGUCGAGGCCGAAUCCAAGAUUAAGUAAUCCCACUAAGCACAUCCAUGGCGAGCAAGUAGCUGCCGGAUGGCCGUCUUGGCUCUCUGCUGUUGCAGGAGAGGCCAUCAAUGGGUGGACCCCACGUCGAGCCGAUUCAUUCGAAAAAAUUGACAAGAUCGGACAAGGUACAUAUAGUAACGUGUAUAAAGCUAGAGAUACGAUAACGGGAAACAUUGUUGCACUAAAGAAGGUUAGAUUCGAUAACUUGGAACCCGAAAGUGUGAGGUUUAUGGCUAGAGAGAUACUGAUUUUACGCCGAUUGGAUCACCCAAACGUUGUGAAAUUGCAAGGAUUGGUCACUUCAAGAAUGUCGUGUAGUUUGUACCUCGUGUUUGAUUAUAUGGAGCAUGAUUUGGCUGGUCUUGCUUCGAGCCCUGGUGUCAAGUUUACCGAGCCUCAGGUAAAAUGCUACAUGAAUCAGUUAUUGUCUGGCCUCGAGCACUGUCACGAUCGGCAUGUGUUGCAUCGUGAUAUUAAAGGGUCGAAUCUGCUAAUUAAUGAUGGAGGGGUUCUUAAGAUUGCCGAUUUCGGACUGGCUUCGACUUUUGACCCUAAUAACAAACACCCUAUGACUAGUCGUGUGGUUACUCUUUGGUAUAGGCCACCUGAGUUGCUUUUUGGUGCGACCGAGUAUGGCGUAGGUGUUGACUUGUGGAGCGCCGGGUGCAUUUUAGCUGAGCUAUUUGCCGGAAAACCCAUCAUGACUGGGAGAACAGAGGUGGAACAGCUGCACAGGAUUUUCAAGCUAUGCGGUUCUCCGUCGGAAGAAUAUUGGAAAAAAUGGAAGCUUCCGCAUGCAACCAUAUUCAAAUCCCAACAGUCAUAUAAACGAUGCAUAAAAGAGACUUUUAAAGAUUUUCCGUCAUCGUCUUUGCCUUUAAUCGACACUUUACUUGCAAUCGAUCCAAGUGACCGUUUAACUGCCACAGAUGCACUAAAUAGUGAGUUCUUUACAACGAAGCCUUAUGCUUGUGAUCCAUCUAGCCUUCCGAAAUAUCCUCCGAGUAAGGAGAUGGAUGCUAAGCGCCGUGAUGAAGAAGCUCAAAGGUUACGAGCUGCUGGUAAAACUCAGACCGAUGCUGCGAAGAAAACACGAACACGUGAUAGGGGGAUGCGGGCGAACCCUGCUCCUGAAGCGAAUGCUGAGCUGCAAACGAAUAUCGAUAGGCGACGACUGAUUACGCACGGAAAUCCGAAGAGCAAGAGCGAAAAAUUUCCUCCGCCACACCAAGAUGGAGGAAUUGGUUUUCCGUUAGGAUUAUCGCAUCACAUUGACCCAACAUUUGACCCACCCGACGUACCUUUUACCUCUAUGAAUUUUUCGUACGCUAAAGAUCCCAUUCAAAAUUGGUCCGGCCCACUCGUGGACCCCGCUUCUGCGGGUGGUGGUGCUCCUAGAAGAAAAUCGAAGCCAUCAAAGAAGGAACAUCGAAAAGAUAAGAAUUAAUUUGAUUCUGAAUAAUGAGAAAGAUUAGCAUGUAAAAUAUCGUUUGGUGCAUGGAGGUUCAAAUUUAUUUUUCGAGGCGGUAAAAAAAAAUCGAUUCGGUUGGAGAGGUAAAUUAUGUUUUAUUUCCGUAUUUCUGUUCGGACUAAAAAUUUAUUAUUUUUUUCGGGGCAUGAGAAGAUUCUUGUGUACGUUAAUUUUUCCAUUUACUUUUUCAAUGGCAAAUGAAGAAUUACAUUUAAAG